AUGAAGGCCUUCGCGGCGCUGCAGAGAUACCACAGACCGACAGCUCCACUGCUCCUGGAUUUUCUCGCACCGUCCGCCCUCCACAUCCGCCAAUACCACGCCACGCCAGCUCGACUUGCGGAAUCACAGUCUAAUUCGAAGCCGAAAUAUGUCCUCAGUAAAGAGCAAAGAGAAUUCCUCGAUAGCGCGUUGCGAGUCAAUCAAGCUGGCGAAUUAGCUGCCACGCUAAUCUAUACCGCGCAGACACCGCAAGUUGUCCGCUCCCACCCGCACCUACGACCGUUGAUGAAGCACAUGUACGACCAGGAAGCCGGCCAUCUCAGGACGUUCAACCAGAUGAUUGCUAAACAUCGAGUGCGGCCAACAGCGAUGUAUCCGAUAUGGGAGGCUGCGGCGACGUUCCUCGGUUGGUCAACGGGUGUCAUGGGACGGGAGGCAGCAAUGGCAUGUACCGAGGCUGUGGAAACAGAGAUUGGAACGCAUUAUAACGAGCAGAUUCGGGAAAUUCUGGCGUGGGAGGCGGAUGCGCAUAGUCGUGGAGAAGAGCUGGACGACGAGUUGAAGGAUAUGCUUGCGACUUUUCGCAGGAUCCGCGACGAGGAACUGGAACAUCUAGAUCAUGCUGUUGAGAAUGAUUCCAAGGAGGCACAGCCGUACGACCCGCUGGUCAAUGUUAUCCGGCUUGGUUGCAGGGCCGCCAUUAAAAUCAGCGAGAGGGUAUAAUAAACCCGGAGGGGCUAGCAGGGUUGUAUAUUAUCUUUAACUGUAUCAUAUUGAGAAUAUUUGGUUAAGCUGAUUUGAUUACUGUUUGCAAUGGAGGGGAUCUAUUUUGGCCUAGU